AUGGCCGACAAGUACACAUUUUCUCCCACGACUAAGAGGCAUUGGUACUGCUCUAAAAAGAAAGCAGGAUGUCAGGCAAGGGUGUUCCUUAAUGAUGAUGAAACGGAAGUGCUAUUUUAUAACAAGGAACAUAAUCAUGAACCUCCCCUAUUUAUGCAGCUUCCUUCUGGGUUAUAUUUUAAGUUAGGGGCGUUUCAAUUUCUUACAAUAGUUCGUGGACACAAACAGUCUCGAAUAUUACUCUACAAAAAGCACACAUUUGUGUCCAUGGGUAAUGGGAAGCGGUGGUAUUGUUCCAAGAAGACGGCAGGCUGUAAAGCUAGAGUUGACAUUGCGGGGGAUUUUGUUACGGAAGUUGAUCUGCACCACACCCACCCUCCACCUUGCCUUUACGAAAGACCAGAUGGAACUGUUAUCAAAUUGAGAACGUGA